UGGCCCACGCAACGGUUACUGGAUGCCCGGGCCGCUCCGGGUCCGCUCAGGAUUGCGACAGAAACUGUAGCAUGCACACUAUAGAAUCAAAAAAUGAAUAUUUGGAGGAUGAAAACUUCCAAACAGCAACUCCUCAGAUCCUCAUUGGUCCUAAUAGUAGUGCACAUGAAGAAACUAAGGAAACCGUCCUGUCAAAAGCAAAAGAAACAGAACCACAGGUGAAAAAGAAGAUCAAUAUUCUUUGUCCUCCACAAGGAAAAUUGAAUACAGUUAUUACAAAUGGGGUAAUUCUCUUUUUGAUAUGGUGUGUAAUCUGGUCAUUCUCAGGCCCUGAAGCUCUCCCUGGUGGAAAUUUAUUUGGACUAUUGAUUAUUUUUUAUAGUGCCAUUUUUGGGGGGGAACUCUUGAAACUCAUCAAAAUACCUUCAGUGCCUCCACUUCCACCUCUUCUUGGUAUGUUACUGGCUGGUUUUAUUGUUAGGAAUGUUCCAUUCAUCAGUAAGCAUGUUCAAAUUAGUAACACAUGGUCUUCAAUUUUAAGAAAUACUGCCCUUACCAUUAUCCUAGUACGAGCUGGGCUUGGACUCGAUCCACAGGCUUUGAAGCAUUUGAAAGGAGUUUGUUUAAGAUUGUCUAUGGGUCCAUGCUUAGUGGAGGCAUGUGCAGCUGCUUUUUUUUCCCACUUCAUUAUGGAAUUUCCUUGGCAUUGGGGAUUUCUAUUAGGUUUUGUAUUAGGUGCUGUUUCUCCUGCUGUUGUUGUCCCUUCCAUGCUGCUUCUGCAAGAAGCUGGAUAUGGUGUUGAGAAAGGCAUUCCAACCUUACUAGUAGCUGCUAGCAGCUUGGAUGAUAUCCUGGCUAUCACUGGAUUCAAUACAUGCUUGAAUAUAGUCUUCUCCUCAGGUGGUAUACUUAAUAAUGUCCUAUCCUCUUUACGGGAUGUAUGUGUUGGUUUGCUGGCAGGAACAGUUUUGGGAUUUUUUGUUCAAUAUUUUCCAUGUGGAGAUCAGAAAAAACUUCCAUUGAAGAGAGCAUUCCUUGUUUUGAGUUUGUGUGUUUCUGCUGUCUUAGGCAGCCAGCGUAUUGGUUUACAUGGAUCUGGAGGAUUAUGCACAUUAGUGUUGACUUUCAUUGCAGGGACAAAAUGGUCCAAAGAAAAGAUUAGCGUCCAAAAAAUUAUUACAAAUGCAUGGAAUGUUUUUCAACCACUACUUUUUGGUUUAGUUGGAUCAGAAGUAUCUGUUACAUCUCUUGAGUCAAAUGCUAUUGGCCUUUGUGUUGCUACCCUGAGUUUGGCAUUAUGUGUUCGAGUUUUAACCACAUAUGUAUUGGUGUGUUUUGCUGGUUUUAGUUUUAAGGAGAAAAUAUUUAUUGCUUUAUCAUGGAUACCCAAAGCUACAGUCCAGGCUGUAUUAGGUCCGUUGGUUCUAGAAAGAGCAAGACUCUCCACGCCCCAACUGGAAUCAUAUUCGAAGGAUGUGAUGACAGUAGCAUUUUUAGCCAUCUUGAUCACAGCUCCAAAUGGAGCGCUACUUAUUGGCAUACUGGGGCCAAAAAUACUUGCAUGCCAUGAUGACCCAAGCAAAUUAAAAUUGCAAUUGUCAGGAUUCAAACAUCAUUAAAAAGUUUAUUUGCCAUCAUUUGCCUGCUUCUUUUAAUGAAUUAUCUCACAUGACAAAAGUUUAAAGUACAAUUAUGUGGAGACUGUACAUAGAACCCAGGCUUUAGUAAAUAUGUGAUUUCACUACAGGGCUUUCCUCUGAUUUUUUUAAUUCCAACGUUAAUUUAAUAAAAACAGUAUUAAAUGGAA